AUGACGACGGUGGCCGAAAGACUUGAGAAUGAGCGGGAAACCAUAAGGGAUGUAGACAAGUACCUAGCCAGCUUAAAUGGCAAAAUCACAGAGAAAUAUCUCGCGGACCUUCUUCAGAACCAAGCCCAGUUUGUUUUACAAGCUACGCCCACAGCAGAUGAAUCCGACUCCGUGUUGAACACGCUAUCGCUAUCUCAACUCAACCAAAGGAAUGACAAGGUCGAAAAGAGGCUAUCCGACUUGCGAAUAUUGAGCGAGACCCACCAAAUUCUCAAGGAGAUUGAGUCAACACUCUCGAAUUUCCAAAUGUCCAUGAGCUCGUUGCUUGAUCUACAACAUCUAAGCACGCUUUUCAAAGAGAUCAAGAGCCGGUUGAUUCCCGAGUAUGUGAUCUGUAAGCUUAUCCUCAAGCAAGUUGUCAAGUUGCAUCAGCACUUUAAUAGCCUUUUAAAUGACUACCUCGGGCUUAUCUUGCCCGAUGAGUUGACGAUUAAAAAUGUGUCAAUUUUAAACGACUUUAACUUGUUUGUGCUGAAGAAUGGGUACGUUUUGGAAAAGUAUGCGCAGUAUAGGACAAAGUGGGACAAGAUGGUGGACGGGAUAUUCACCAACGAGGAAGUAGAGUUGAAGGAAUGCAAAGAAGAGGAAGGGGAAGUUUCACUUGACGUUCAACAGGGAGAGGAUUUCAUCCAAAGUUUGACCAACUUCAUCAAGUUCAUCAACAAGGUCAACGUGCCAAACAUCAAGCAGUUUUUGGAAUCGAAAAUCUCGCGCCUUUUAAGCACAAAGAUUUUCGAAAACAUCGACUCGGUAAUCAGGAACCCGCAAAAGAUGCACCAAUUGAAAGAAUUGAUGCGCUUGUGUGACGAGGCAACGGCAAAAUGGAACAUCUUGAGAAAAUUUGAAGGCCAAGGUGGCCCGAUUGAGCUGAAAUUAAGCAAAUUGCAUAAGGAGUGGAUGGUGGAUGCAUAUGUGGAUAAGGUAAAGUUGGCCAUGACACAACAACCCGGCGCAGUCAAGCAAGUGAAACAAAUCAAAUUGGACCAGUCCGUGGAAGAAGAAAAGGAAGAAGAAAAGGAAGAAGAUAAGGAAGAAGAAAAGGAAGAAGAAGCUGCUCAAGUGAAAGAUGAUGGCGAAGACGGAUGGGAAGCGAAUUGGGACGAUGGAUGGGAUGCAGAGGAUGAUGCCGCGUCUCGAACUUCGAAAGUGGAUCAUGCAUAUAGUGGUAGGGGUGAUGGUGUUGGUGAUGGUGGGGACCACGUUGCGGUCACAGAGAUACCCGAGAUCAUUAAACCAAUAAUCCAAGAAUAUCAAAGCCACUCCAGUGACAUUUCAUAUCUUGCCACGGCAAUAAAAGCAUUGGCAAUUGUUCUUUACCCUAGCCCCAAAAACUCAUUCUUGAUGUACAAUGACUUUAAAUUAAUGUCGCGCGAUUUAUCUGCUGAUGAUUCCUUUCUGCAGUUUGCCGAACACACGUGGAAUCAAGUCACGAUUGCAUUUUACCUGGAGUUAAAAGUGCUCGUUAGCUCGUUGAAUUUACAGCUGGACGAGGUCUUGCAAGAUGAGAAUCUUUUGGACGACUACAACAUGAACCAAGUGGGUUUAAUCUACCGCUGGUUCCAAAUCCUUUUUGAAGAAAAAGAAUUGCAAUCGACAAACUUGGCCAAGUUCAAAUUGCUAAUAGUGGACUUGGUGGACUUUAUCAACAACUACUUGUUGGACUCGAUUAUCGCAUUAAAGGAUAUCGGCGAGACCCAAUGCACAAUCAUCUCCUUGAUCAUUGAGAACUUGAACAACAUCACCAUCCCCUACCUCACAUCGCUUGGUAUUUCCAAAGACUCAAUCGAAUCGUUCAACAAACUGCUGAACGUCAAAUAUUUGCUCAACAACCAUUUAAAGGAUAUAAUGGAGAGAUUCUACCAAGGCGAACUAUUUGAUCUAUCAACCGAGGAAAUCGUUCAGAUGAUCCACAGUGUUUUCUUACCGAGUGAGCUAAGAGAAGGCUACGUGAGCGAAAUUCGGGAAUUCAGAACCAUGCAUUAG